GCAGAGGGAGACCGCACGCGGAAUCUGGCAGCUAGCCGCCGCCGUGUUGAUAGGUUGCUGCCGCCUUGUGCGCCGGCACCGCCACCUGCUGAUCCCGCUCCCUUGUCACGCACCUCUGCCGCUCUCCCGACGCAGCCCGCGUCGCGCCGUCCCGCGGCCUGCUCCUGCAAUCCGGCCUCGCACCUGCCCCGGCGGCCCUGUCCCCGCGGCAGCCGCCGCGCUGCAGGCUUGUUCCUCUUCUUCAGAUUAUUCUCGUCAGGACCAUGCUGCUGGAGAUUUUUGGAUCUGGAUUGAGACUAACACGGAUUAAUGACCGGGUUCUUAGAUUGCUCUUUGGUGACCGAUCUGCUUAUGCAUCCUUUGUCAUGGCAAGCAACAUUGCAGUAAAAGGAGGGAAUAAUUGGGGCAGGCCAAAUUGGCUCUGCGCCCUCCCUUGUGCCAGUAAUUAUUUCUGCACCUCCAUCUAUGCCACCAAAGGCAAACAAUUUGCCAUCACCAAGGGGAUGGAUAGAUCAGAGAUGAAGGGGCGAACGAAGCAAGUCUUUGUUAGCCAUGCCUCUUAUCCUGUAUCUGAAGCCAACAUCCUUAAGAAAACCACCCAUCGGGAUGGUUCUAUAUACAAGAUAAACUAUGGUUUUCUAAAGCUAUGGCAUCUUACUCAACGUGAUGAGACACAACUAGAGCCGAUGAUGUUCUCGAAUCCUACGAAUUGUUUCCCGGAUAGGGAUAGAUGCAUGGUACAUGAUGCAACUGGUAUGAUGCAGAUUUUCUCACUGAAAUUGGAAAAAGCUAGUACCAACAUCGGCUUGGUACAACUAUAUGGAUAUAUAGCAGUGCGUGAUUGUCAUGAUUCAUUGCUUAACUAUGUCUUCAAUCGUAGCAGAGAUGAUCCCAUCAUUGUGGAACAGGGUUCUCUUAUUGAGAUGACCGGCCCUAAGCGAGGCAUCACAAUGGUAGCCCCUGUUCUAGUUGAGUUUGACAUGAGGAUUAAGAAAGGAAAGCAAGAAGAUGAUCUACAACUAAUUGAUGGUGCAAUGGAGUACCACGAUCUAGUCACACCUGAGUACCCAUUCACGCAUCGGAUUAAUGACGAUUGUGGUGCGGUUGACAUCACUUUAGCCCUCGUUCGUUGGGCAUUUGAGGCCACAAUAGAUGUUGUCAUAUCAAAAGUGCAGUGUGGAUUUGAUUUAUCUCUCAGUUCGUGUAUUCCCCUUAUGGAUGGUUUACAUGAGAUCCAACUCUUUCGUGGCAGUAUUGGUGAGUCAUGUGGCUUGAGAAGACAUGUGAUUGCUGUAAAGGAGGAUACUUUGAUGCAUUUGAAGUUCAAAGUAGGACAGAAUAGUUGUAAAAAUGAUCUUGAUCACCAUUUUUCCUUCAAAGCGAAAAAACAUGGGUACGACUAUCAGCAAAUCAUGCUUGAGCUUGCCUCUAUCUCAGUGAAGGUGACUUGGUCGAACUUGCAAAAAUAAAUCAAUUGUUUCAUAUUCGAACUUUGGUUGCAAAGUUGAAAGUAAGUGUGUUGCCACAGAAAACAAAUAAAUGGCUCCGCAAAAAUGUGUAUGCUGAUCUAAAACGUCUUAUAUUUCUUUACAGUGGGAGUAUUUAUUAUUCAACUCUAUUAGAGUUGUGUGAGUUCAGAUUUGUAUCAUUUUAUUAAGAUUAUGUAAUAUAUAUUUGUAUGACUGUACUUUUUAUGUAGAAGUGCUAUUUUGUUUUUUA